AUUUAUAUUUUUUAAUCAAUUACACAAAAAAGCUUCCGCGCUUCCGUUGUAUCUACCGGUAAAACAGAAAUCUUUGUGAAUUUAUCCGUCAGUUGAUUGACAGUUUGCUGCCCAGCAAGUGAAAUUGUCCUUUUAAAAAGAAAUUAACAACAAUUAAGGUACGAUGUCCGACAGCGUCAGCAAAGCUGCAAAGCCCCAAUUGCGCGGUCUUUUGCACAAUCAGAUAAAAAGAAACUUGAUUGUGGCGAUUGGAAUGUGCAUUACGGCUGCCGUCGCUCAAAAAAUAUUCGUUAAUGACCAUCGUAAACAAGUCUACGCCGAGUUUUACAAGAAUUACGAUAUUAACAAGGAGUUCAACAGGAUCAGGAACAAGGGAUUGUUUGACUCUUGCGAGCCUGACCAUUAGAGGGUUGGCAGUGAACAGUUAGAUCUGAAAUGAGAUUGUAGGUUAAAUUUUGUUUAUUUGAAAAUAAAAGUGUCGUAAAGUU